GAUCCGCCGCCUCUCCGGACCAGAUCAACAUCCCAGCACAACUCGACUCGAUCCACAUAUCCGAUCGGAAUUCCCCAACUACUAGAUCUACAAGACUAGCCAGAUCCCCUCCUCUCCGGCAAGCAAGCAAGCAAGCAAGCGGCGAUGGAGGCCCCGUUGAGCAAGGUGGAGGAGCUCCGCCCCUGCUCCCAGGGCUACAGCCUCCUCCUCAAGGUCCUCAGCGCCAAGCCCGUCGCCGUCCAGCCGUCCCGCGACAGGCAGCGCCAGCAGCCGCAGAUGAGGAUCGCCGAGUGCAUCGUCGGGGACGACACCGGGGUCGUCGUCUUCACCGCACGCAACGACCAAGUGGACUUAAUGAAGGUUGGUGCGAUCGUGGAGCUGAAGAAUGCAAAGGUGGACAUGUACAAGGGGUCAAUGCGGCUGGCAGUGGAUAGGUCGGGCACGGUGAAGGCUGCGGAGAGCCCGGCGUCGGAGCUCAAGGUGAAGGAGGACAACAACCUGUCCCUGAUUGAGUUUGAGAGGAUCACCAUGGUUAUGUGAGAACAAGGUUUUGGAUAGGAGGAAGGCAGAACAUAAGUGAUUCGUUUUGAACAAGCAAUAAGCCGAUGAUGGUUGAUGUUAUCUUGGAUGGAUUAAUUGUUAUUGUUAUGCUGAUUCGUACUCUGAUGGACCUGCUGGGGUAUAUGAGCUGCUUGUUGCCUUGGUGAAGCUAUGUUUUGGUUUAAUGGGGCACUGAACAGUGAGUGCUAAAUGGUAAUCGAGUGAUCAUAACAAUUAUUAUGAUGAUCUUGUUCAGCA